CUGAAGCAGCAGCAGCAGCAGCAGCCCGGGCGCCAGCAGCAGCGGCAGCACUCGCCCACAGGAGGAGGAGGAGGAGCAGGCGGCAGCGGCCGGGGCGCCGCCCGCGCCUCCGCCCGCUGCGCCCGCUGUCCAUGCAUAUCCCACGCAAAACCCGCCCCUAGGCGCCCGCCACCGCCCGCGCUCGCGCGGGCUGCCAGCGGCGCCAUGAACCUCAUCAACAUGGACGCGGAGAACCGCGUCGUGCUCAACGUCGGCGGCAUCCGCCACGAGACGUACAAGGCCACGCUCAAGAAGAUCCCGGCCACGCGCCUGUCGCGGCUCACCGAGGCGCUCGCCAACUACGACCCCAUCCUCAACGAGUACUUCUUCGACCGCCACCCGGGCGUCUUCGCGCAGGUGCUCAACUACUACAGGACGGGGAAGCUACACUACCCCACGGACGUUUGCGGGCCGCUGUUCGAGGAGGAACUGGAGUUCUGGGGGCUCGACUCCAACCAGGUGGAACCCUGUUGCUGGAUGACGUACACGCAGCAUCGAGACACGCAGGAGACCCUGGCGGUGCUGGACCGCCUGGACCUGGACACGGAGAAGCCGAGCGACGAGGAGGUGGCGCGCAAGUUCGGCUUCGAGGAGGACUACUACAGCGGCACGCUCUCCUGGUGGCAGCGCCUCAAGCCCAAGAUGUGGUCGCUCUUCGACGAACCCUACUCCUCCAACGCCGCCAAGACGCACCCGGACAUGCGCGUGCCCUUCAUCCGCAACGUGACGGUGACGACGCCGUCCAACUACACGGCGUGGACGCUCGACAAGACGUCGACCAACGCGCACCUCGCCUUCUUCUACAUCGAGUGCGUGUGCAACGCGUGGUUCACGCUCGAGUUCUUCAUCCGCUUCGUGGCGUCGCCCAACCGCUGGGAGUUCAUCAAGGCCAGCGUCAACAUCAUCGACUACGUCGCCACGCUCAGCUUCUACAUCGACCUCACGUUCCGCGCGUCUGCCAAGGAGCUGACGCUGCUCGUCUUCUUCCUGGUGCUGGGCAUCGUUAUCUUCGCGUCGCUCGUCUACUACGCCGAGCGCAUCCAGGCCAACCCGCACAACGACUUCAACAGCAUCCCGCUGGGCCUGUGGUGGGCGCUGGUCACCAUGACCACGGUGGGCUACGGCGACAUGGUGCCCAAGACGUACGUGGGCAUGUUCGUGGGCGCGCUGUGCGCCCUGGCCGGCGUGCUCACGAUAGCCUUGCCCGUGCCCGUCAUCGUCUCCAACUUCGCCAUGUACUACUCGCACACGCAGGUACGCUGCUUGGCCAGUAGGCAUUGCCUCCUUCUUCUUUCACUUUUUCAAUCCGACGGCGUACUCCAGGCAGCGACUGCAGCGGGAUUUUUGAAAUUUUGUUUUUUAUACAUUCAUUCCAAUUUCCUUAUCGGGCCAAGUUUAAUUUUUGGCUUAUUGCAUUUUGUUCCAAAAGCAUGGACUUACUGCAUUCUGAAUGAAAUGUCUGGCUUGGUUGUCGUA